AAUUAAUAAUAACGAAAAUAGAUACUAUUUCGGAUACUAUCGUGAUGUUGCGGCAGUAGAAGAGAAAGAGCUGCGCGGCUGUUUGUGGAGACAAAGCCUAAGAGCGCGUCGCAUCCUUCUGUGUUAUUGUUGGAGCAGGCCCGCCCAUACUCCAGACCAUCUGUCUGUAAGCUGCAGACAAUGAUUCACUGGAGGGAGGCUCAUAUGAAAUGCUACUAUGGACUUCCCAGGUCACUUCCAGCACAUCUUCCAGCAGCUCAACCACCAGCGCCUCCAUGCUCAGCUGUGUGAUUGUGUGGUGCUGGUUGGAGGCCAGAGCUUCCAGGCUCACCGCUCCAUCCUGGCAGCAUGCAGCUCUCACUUCAGGGCUCUGCUAAGCUCCAAUGACAGUGGUGAUGAAGUUGGAGGACCAGCAGCUGAUAAAGGUGGAGGUGGGUGCCCCAGUGUGAUGGAGCUCGAUCCAGAGGUGGUGACCCCCGAGGCUUUCUCCACCCUGCUAGACAUGAUUUACACCUCCACCUUGUCCCUGGGGGCCUCCAAUGUGAUGGAUGUACUGUUGGCUGCCUCGCACCUCCACCUCAACACUGUGGUCAAGGCCUGCAAGCUCCACCUGUCCAGAAAAAACUUUCCAGCCUCGCCGCCUAAAGGCUGGAAGUCAGUGCAGCAGCAGCAGCAGCAGCAGCAGCAGAGGUCAGCGUUGCUUCAGCAGGUCACAUCUGCUAUAGAGGAGGACCUCGAUGAGGAGGGAGCGGGAGUGGAGGUGAGCCAGUCUGGUGGGGUUGAAGACGAGGGGGUGAGGCCGAGAGUUAGUAAUGGUGAGCAGGGUUCAGCACCAUCUUCGAGGCACAAAAGAAAGUCACAUGAGGACCAGCUCAGUAGCAGGAAGAAGAGGUCCUGCAGGCAGCCUGGAGAAAACUACAAGGAGUGUUCGCCUACUGUGACCAGAAGCACUGUCGGCGCAGAGGAGGGUGGAGAGGAGCUGCUGUCCCCGGACUGCUUGAAGACUGCAGGAGACCUCUGGGAGAGCCGAGGCGAGCAGGAGGAGGAGGUGGAGGAGAAAUACGAAGCAACCAAGGGAGAAUCAGAGGAGAUCCAGCUGCCGAGCCAGUCGGACAGCAGCACAGGAGGUGCGGGUGCCUGGGAGAAGGGUGCGGAUACAGAUGGAGACACCGUGGUGAAAGUGAAGGUGGGAGAUGAAGGAGAAGAAGAGGGAGAGGAGCAGAAGAUGGCAAUGAUUGAGGUGAAAAAGGAAAAUCCCUGCUCCUACUCUCCAGAUUUAACCACUUUGACUAACAAUCCUCCUCCAUCCCCACCACUGGUCUCCUCUGAACAUUUGGAUACACAGCUGAAUGGUGAGAAAAGUGCAGCAGAGGGUGAUGUUAGCACUUUACAAUCACAGCUGUGCUCAGCAGCUGGGGAUGUGGGUGAGGAGUCAAUAGAUGGUGAUGGACUUGACAGCCUGUCAGAACUGGCCUUUUCCUGCUUCCUAAAUCCCAGUCAUGAGAGUGUAAUGGGAGCUCUGGAGGAAGAAGAUAGUCUUGUUAGCCUCACCGCCGCUGCUACUGCCGCUGCCGCCGCUGCCAGUGACGCUACUGCAGCUGUUGGAGAUGCAGGCGAACUGUGUCGAAACUCAGAAGAAGCAAACGCGUCCUCUGACUCUUCCUCCUCUCUUGUUUUUCCAGUAACAUCUGUCCCUUUGCAGCAGCUUCUCCCGACUCAAAGCCCUGGUUUUAGUGACACACUCAUCCUCCAGCCUGCCCAGAACUCUUUACCAGGGUUCCUCAGUGGCAUCAGACCGGGACUCAGUCUGGAAGCCUCCCUCAUUCAACCCGGACGGGCUGGGAAAAGCAGAGGAUGUGGUGGAUCAGGGGGGACGACCUUCCGUCGCAUCGCCCCCAAAGUGCCGCCUGGAUCAGAAGUGGGCACAGAUCCUUCAUCCUCCUCUGGAUCAGCAGGAGACGAUCGGCCGCCUCUAACCAGAGCCUCGGAGGAUGUUCUGUCCAAGUGCAAGAAAGCGGCUGCCGAGGACCACGUGCUGCUGGUGGAAGGGGAGAAAAAAUACGCCUGCAAAAUCUGCUGCAAGACAUUCAUGAACCUGACGGACUGUAAGAAACAUAUUCGUGUCCACACAGGAGAAAAACCUUAUCCUUGUCCAAAGUGUGGCAAACGCUUCAGCCAGUCCUCCCACCUGUACAAGCACUCUAAGAACUCCACCUGCCUAAACUGGAAAGAUGAUCAAUCGUUCCCAGACACUCUGCUCUGAUCUGA